CACGUAUCGAUUACGAUCGUGCUUAGAUUUUAGAGUCUACAUCCUUAUGUCUCAACCGUAAAACUUCAUCAACUUUGUUGAAGAAGGCAAUAAUUUACACAAAAUCUACCAAAACUUACCUGCGAAUUUGUCGCUAUUUACUUCUUCCCAAGCUGGGCGCAAAAAUAUAAAUUAACUAAUAAAUCAAGUUGGUGUACAACAUUCCUACGCCCCAUCCAAGAUGGGAGCUUCCUCAUGGAACCCUUUGCGUUCCCGCGACGCUCGACAAUCCAAAUUACCCCUUUACGAAAACAUAAACAAGGAACGAGAUUCAAACGACUCAUACGACUCCUCCGACGAUGACGGAUAUUCUAUCACGUCCUCAUCCCCAGGUACUAGCAACUCGCGAGUUACGAGCGCCUCCACAUCGACUGCAGCACCCAUCAUGUCGAAAAGGAACUUCGUACUCCCUCGUAAACCACGCCAGCCCCUUGGCUACCGCUUACCAAAUAAAGUCAUCCGCUACCUUUGUUUUGGCUUGACCUCCUUCAUUAUUAUUAUGAUCCUCUCUCUCAUUCGAGCGAGUCACAAUGAAAACAAGGCCCUGGCCGAGGGCAGAAUCGAUAGACCGGCGUCUGCUCCUCCGCCGUGGGAUUCCUACCCAUUCAUUACAAGAUACUACGGUGGCAUUAGAAAUCUGGUCUCUUUUUCCCGGAAUAUCCCCGAGUAUCCUCGUACUGCUGGUGAGGCACCGGUAGAUAAGAUGUCAUACGCCAACAGUAGUAAAUGGAAGCCUGAUGUGGAAGAACGGAGUUUGCCUGCUAGUAAGGAAUUCAACCAAUAUCCCCAGAGCGUGUUCCAAGAUGCGCCUGAGCAAUUUCAAGAAUGCUUUAUCGACAAAGCGAACAAAGUGCGGGUACCUCCUAUUCGCUACUACGAAGGACGUCCUAACGGUUUCCCUGAGGCUGUACUUGGGUCUUAUGAACUUCUCGGACUUCCUGAGGAUAUCUGCUUUGAACGUUACGGCCGAUAUGCCCCGUACGGCUUUGGAUAUUCUGUUAGGUCUGGCGGUCUGGGCACCGGGGAGCACGGUGAAAAAGAAGGCUUCGAGUCUACCUGGGACAAGGUAGCCCAAGUUGACUGGAAGGGAACGAACUGGGCGGACGUACAAAGGCGAUGUUAUCAAGCCAAUUCUGUUCGCUUUGGAGCAAUACCUCCCAGACAAGCCAAUCCCAACGGCUUCUAUGUUGACGAAGGUACUGCCGCGAUGAAGCUUAACACCCGCGAUGCUUUACUCGACGAGUCGCUUAAGUCUUCCACGGAUAAGGCUACGAAAGAGAAGACUCCGGCGCCAGCAUCUAAAGGAGAGUCUGACAAGAAACAAUUGCCGAGGACAGCCGUUGUUAUCCGAUGUUGGGACGAAUAUUUCUGGAGAGAAGAGGAUGUUAUGAACAUCCGUUCCCUAAUCAGUGAAUUAGCCCUAGCAUCCGGUGGUCGUUACGAUGUUCAUUUGCUUGUUCAAGUUAAGAAUGAUGCUGCGCACCCAAUUUGGGCAGAUGCAGCUACAUAUCAACGAAGAAUCGAGGAAACCAUACCCGAGGAAUUCCGAGGUCUCGUUACUUUCUGGACAGAAACCCAGAUGCUAUCACUCUACCAGGGAAUCUUUGACUUAUUCGCCCGUGGCCCAGACUUGCCAGUUCAUGGUGUCUAUCGUGGCUUACAGAUGGCUAUGCAAUAUUUUGCCUACCAACAUCCCGAGUACGACUAUUAUUGGCAAUGGGAAAUGGACAUUCGCUACAUCGGCCACUACUACGAUUUGUUUACGAAAGUAGAAAACUGGACCAAACAGCAGCCAAGAAAGGGUCUUUGGGAACGAAACGGGCGAUUCUACCUGCCUUCCGUACAUGGAACCUGGGAAGAUUUCAAGCAAAUGGCUCGAGUGCAGAGUGAAAUAGGCAUCACCGGCGCCGACAAUAUUUGGGAUGGAAUUGGAUCCGAUAAGAAAACGCAGUCUAGCCGUGGCGAUAGGCCUAUCUGGGGUCCUGAAAGACCCAAGGACCCCAAUGACUGGUUCGAACCUGAUGAUGAUCCCGUUCCAGAAACUUCCUACGAAAAGGAUAAAUACGUGUGGGGAGUUGGCGAAGAAGCGGAUUAUAUUACAUUCAACCCCAUGUUCGAUCCAGAAGGUACCACUUGGGGGUUAGCGGAUGACAUUACCGGCUACAACACGACAGAUGGCAACGGAAUGCCACCACGUAGGGCCCAAAUCAUCACAGCAUCACGUAUGUCUCGUCGCUUGCUCAUGAAGAUGCACCGAGAGACUGCCUUCUUCAAGCAUCACGCUUUCCCAGAGAUGUGGCCGGGCACUGUUGCUCUGCAGCAUGGUUACAAGGCUGUAUUCGUACCGCAUCCCUUAUAUGUGGACCGUGAAUGGCCUACAGAGGUAUUUGCACGCACCCUUAAUAACGGAAAGAACGGAGCUACUGGAGGCUCGCGUACUUCAGUCUUCGGCCAGCGUGAGCACAAUCUCAUAGGUCUUACAUGGUUUUACAACUCGGGAUUCGCACCCAAUCUAUACCGUAGGUGGCUCGGGUUGAAAGUGAACAACGACGGCGGCGAGGAGUUCGAAUUGAAUGUGGAUGAGAGCAAGAACGGCUCUACUGUAAGCCUAAUGCGUGGUGGUGAGGGUAGGAUGUGCUUGCCGCCUAUGUUGCUUCACCCAGUGAAGGACGUCGAACUUCCAGUUGAAGCCAACCCGGAGGAUAAGAUCGAGAUACCCGAGUCCGACCCAGGAGCUUGAAUCAAGCAAGCGAGAUAGCUGAACAAGGAAAAUGGUUAAUGAACGGUUGCAUCGGCCCCGGGUUUUGUAACGGGCUACUAGUAUAUAAACGGACUCUAGCACAUAUGGGGAGGGGCGUUGAUUGGAAAGUUUGGUUUUUUUAAUCGCCACGAUAUUUUUCUCGUGAGCUUUUCGAAUGACUGGUCGACGCGGAGCAAGCGAGCGUUUGCGCGUCAGGAGGUACGGUGUAGCAUAGCAUUCACUGUACAGAUGGGACGGCAUGGCUGGAUAGAACGGAAGGGUACCUGCUUAGAAAGUAGGCUGUAAUAUCAAAGUUUUAAUCUGGUUGAACAAGUGUAUGGCCUCAAUCCUUUUGAUACUUUGACUUGUUGUAUCCACGCCUAACGCCCUGUCAGAAUUACACUGCCACUUUCGCAGCACCUUGCGGUGAACAGCAGCCACCGUCGAACACAUCGCUUUCCUAAGGUAGGGUCAUACUAGAAGUACUCAAACACCUGAAUCUAGAGGGCCUUUCCAUAUGACACCUAAAUAUGUCGAUUGGACGAUCUGCUGCUAGAAAAUUCGGCUGAUUCUAUAUCAGACAGUAAAUCCGAUUCUCUGCUUUUACCUACUUUUCUGCCUACCUGGGUAUAAUGGAGCUAAACCAUCUACGUGUGCGGGCGUGUCCUUUACAUUUGGGUUAUCCUUCUUGAGAUCGAAGUAAAUACGAAUUAGAAUGAUUAAAUAUCUACCUAGAUAGGGACCGAAC